CAGAGGCCCAGAGCCAGAGGAAACGGCACUCAAGAUGCUGUCGUCUUCCACGGCUUCCUCCCUCCGCCUCCACCAACCAACCAGACCCCACCGCCGCCGCCCGCCGUCCCCGCCGGCGAGCCACCAAUUCCGGUCGCCCGCCUCCCGCCGCCAUCUCCCCUCCGUCCGCGCCCGGCGCGGCGGCGGCGGCACCAUCCGCGCCAUCGACGCCGCCCAGCCCUUCGACUACGAGUCCCGGGCGGCGGGGCUGCUGGAGGAGCGGCAGCGCCUCAAGAUCGCCAUCGUAGGCUUCGGCAACUUCGGGCAGUUCCUCGCCCGCACCUUCGCGCGGCAGGGGCACACGCUCCUGGCCCACUCCCGCUCCGACUACUCCGCCGCCGCCGCCUCCCUGGGCGCGUCCUACUUCCAGGACCCGCACGACCUCUGCGAGUGCCACCCGGACGUGGUCCUGCUCGCCACCUCCAUCCUCUCCGCCGAGGCCGUCCUCCGCACGCUCCCGCUGCACCGCCUCCGCCGCAACACGCUCUUCGUCGACGUCCUCUCCGUCAAGGAGUUCCCCAAGAACCUCCUGCUCACCUCCCUCCCGGAGGACUUCGACGUCAUCUGCACCCACCCCAUGUUCGGCCCGGAGUCGGCCCGCGACGGCUGGGACGGCCUCCCCUUCGUGUUCGACAGGGUCCGCGUCGGCGACUCCCCCGCCCGCCGCGCCCGCGCCGACGUCUUCCUCAACAUCUUCGAGCGCGAGGGCUGCCGCAUGGUGGAGAUGCCCUGCGCCGACCACGACGCGCACGCCGCCGAGACGCAGUUCCUCACCCACACCGUGGGGCGGAUGCUCGCCACGCUCGACCUCCAGCCCACCCCCAUCGACACCAAGGGCUACGAGACGCUGCUCCGACUCGUCGACAACACCUGCAGCGACAGCUUCGACCUCUACAACGGACUCUUCAUGUACAACAAGAACUCCACCGAGCUGCUCAACCGACUCGAGUCCGCCAUGGACUCCGUCAAAAAGAGGCUCUUUGACGGCCUCCACGAGGUGCUCAGGAAGCAGCUCUUCGAGGGCAAGGCCUCGCCGCCGACCAACAAGAACGCCGGGGACGUGCGCCGGAAGCCCCUCCUCCUGGAGGGCAAUGCCGCCUCCUCACCGCCCACCCCCAACAACACCGCUGUACACCUGAAGUAGGCCUCCCUCCUCCUCUCCCAAUGCCUGAAUUUGAUCCAGAGUGUAUGCUCGAUUUCUGCUCUCGCAGCUCACAGAGCUUGCAUUGCAUCGUGUUGUAUUGUAGUACCAAUUUGUAUUUGCACCGACUGAUUUCCCCUUGAGGGAAAACAAAAACGAGUUAUGAAUGUAUGAUAUGGGAGUGAUGAAAUAAACUUCACAGUCUGAAGAAAAGUGAGGAAUGAAAUUGACAUCGCCUGUCAUCAA